AUGAUUUGGUAUGUGGCCACUUUGAUAGCAAGUGUGUUCAGCGCCCGAGGAACGGCCGCUCAAGGUGCCCACGGAGUCAGAGAGGAGCCCCAGUUUGUGACUGCCCGUGCUGGGGACACCGUGGUUCUGGGAUGUGACGUGUCCCACCCACUGAACGGGCAGCCCUACGUGGUGGAGUGGUUCAAGUACGGAGUGCCCAUCCCCUUCUUCAUCAACUUCCGAUUCUACCCUCCCCAUGUGGACCCGGAGUACGCCGGAAGAGCUAGCCUGCAUGGGAAGUCGUCUCUGCGGAUCGAGAGGGUACGUUCGGAUGAUCAGGGCUGGUACGAGUGCAAGGUGUUGAUGUUGGAGCAGCAGUAUGACACCUUCCACAAUGGCAGCUGGGUGCACCUUACAGUGAAUGCUCCUCCAACGUUCACAGACACACCGCCGCAGUACGUGGAGGCUAAAGAAGGGGGCAGCAUCACUCUCAGCUGCACGGCAUUCGGCAACCCCAAACCCUUGGUCAGCUGGAUACGGGAGGGUGAGCAAUUACAGGACAGCGCCAAGUACAAGGUGAGCGACGGCAGUCUGACGGUGUUGUCCAUCAGCCGGCAGGACAGAGGAGCAUACACGUGCAGGGCCUACAGCGUGCAGGGAGAGGCCAUCCACACCACACGCCUACUCGUCCAAGGACCUCCAUUUAUCGUCUCCCCUCCAGAGAACAUAACCGUGAACAUAUCCCAGGAUGCAUUCUUCACCUGUCAGGCCGAGGCGUAUCCUGGCAACAUGACGUACACCUGGUUCUGGGAGGAAGAUAAUGUCUUCUUCAAGAAUGAUCUGAAGCGCAGAGUGAGUAUUCUGAUCGAUGGCUCCCUCAUCAUUGCCCAGGUGAAGCCUGAAGAUGCUGGGAAGUACACUUGCAGCCCCAGUAAUAGCCUUGGCCGGCCCCCCACUGCAUCAGCAUACCUGACAGUGCAAUACCCUGCCCGUGUGGUGAACAUGCCACCCGUCAUUUAUGUGGCCAUCGGACUGCCGGGGUACAUCCGCUGCCCGGUGGAUGCCAACCCACCUGUCACUUCAGUGAAGUGGAAAAAAGACGGUCUGCCUCUCCGGAUAGAGAAGUACCCUGGCUGGAGCCAAAUGGAGGAUGGGAGCAUUCGAGUGGCCGAGGUGACAGAGGACUCUCUUGGCACCUAUGCCUGCGUGCCUUACAACGCCCUGGGUACCAUGGGACAGUCCCCUCCCGCCCCCCUGGUGCUAAAGGAUCCUCCUAAGUUUCUGGUGGUUCCUGGAGGAGAGUACAGACAGGAGGCAGGAAGAGAGCUAGUCAUCCCAUGUGAGGCAGAAGGAGACCCAUUCCCCAACAUAACAUGGAGGAAGGUAGGGAAGCCCAGCAGGGGCAAGCACAACGUCCUACCAAGAGGCAGCUUACAGUUCAAAUCUCUCAGCAAAGAGGACCAUGGGGAGUGGGAGUGUGUCGCUUCCAAUGUUGCCACGAGCAUCACUGCCAGCACGCGCCUCCUCGUAAUCGGCACAAGCCCUCACGCCCCCAAAAACAUCCACGUUUCGGUCUCGACGACCUCGGCCAACGUCUCAUGGGAGCCAGGCUACGAUGGUGGCUUUGAGCAGACAUUCUCAGUCUGGGUUAAGAGAGAGCAGCUAGGCUCGCAUGACUGGCUCUCCACGCCCGUGCCAAGCGGACAGCACUGGCUGCUGGUGCAGGGCCUGGAGUCUGAGACGGCCUACCAGUUCAGCGUCCUGGCGCAAAACAAGCUGGGCACGGGCCCCUUCAGCGAGGUCGUCACUGUGAACACUCUAGUAUUUCCUAUAAGUACCCCCGAACCUCUGGUGCUGCUUACCCCACCACGGUGCCUCACAGCCAACCGGACACAACAAGGAGUCCUGCUAACGUGGAUCCCUCCAGCCAAUCACACGUCGCCGAUCGAUCAUUACAUCAUGGAGUUCCGCCUCGGCGAGAGGUGGGACGUCCUGGAUGAUGCAAUCCCUGCAGGAGAGACGGAGCUGUUGGCCAGAGAUCUGAUUCAGGAGGUAUGGUAUGAAUUCAGAGUUAUGGCAGUCAUGGAGGACCUCAUCAGUGAACCCAGUAAUGUAGUUGGGGUCUCCAGUACAGACUUCUUCCCACCGCCAGACGUGGCAGACGAGGGGUUGGCACGGCCGGUGGUGGCAGGCAUCGUGGCCACCAUCUGCUUCCUGGCGGCAGCCAUCCUCUUCAGCACACUGGCAGCCUGCUUCGUCAACAAGCAGAGGCGGCGCAAGCUCAAGAGGCGACGAGAUCCUCCGCUUUCAAUAACACACUGCAGAAAAAGCGUGGAGACUCCGCCGUCUUCUGGAAAGAUGAGUCCAGAGAGUGUCCGAUCCAUGGGACCUCCAUCUGAGUCAUCUGAGGAUGGAUCACGAGCUAAGAAAAGUCCUGCCAAGGAAAAGGAGCUUUCCUUAUACAAGAAGACCAAAAGAGCAAUAAUUAGCAAGAAAUAUAGUGUCUCUAAACAUGAAGCUGAGGCUACUACACCUAUUGAGUUAAUCAGUCGUGGGCCAGAUGGUCGCUUCGUUAUGGACCCCACUGACAUGGACACACCUGUCAAGCCUAGGCGUAUUGAGGGCUUCCCCUUUGUGGAAGAGUCAGACCUUUACCCAGAAUUUCGACAGUCUGAUGAAGAGAAUGAUGAUCCAGGCCCCAUGCCUCCUAUGAUGGCCACUCUCAGACCCCAUCAGAUCUCUCCCCUUUCUUCUAGCCAGGAGUCUUACUUACAGCCCCCAGCCUAUAGCCCCCGCUUCCAGAGGCCAAUUGAAGGUAUGACCAUCAUGGAGAGCAGUCGACUUCAGGCCAUGGGGCAGAUCCGUGGUGCUCCUCAUUUUCGAGCCUUUUCCCAUGGCCAGUUCUACUUGGGCAGCUAUUUGGGCAGUCCUGGAGAACCUGAGCCGCCACCACCUUUCUACAUGCCAGACACCAGCCCACUUAGCUCAGUAAUGUCUUCACCCCCUUACCACCUUGAGGGGCCUUUUGGUCAUCCAGCCAUACCAGAGGAAAUCAGUGAAGGAGAAAUUCAACACUAUGCAGUCUCAGGCUGCUCCCUUCCCUUGACACACACAUCAUCCCGCUCGCCAGAUAUCUGGCAGCGACCUGAUUUCUCUUUUGCCACAUUUGAGGGUCCUCACUUCAUAUUCCCACCCCACCACCCUUUGCAGUUUCACCGGGAACCUUCUCUUCCACCACCCCUCAUUCUUCCUCCUAGUGCUCUCCCACCUGCUUCCAUUCACAUACCCUCCUAUCCUGGUAUUCUUCAGCUGGAGGCCCCAAAGAGUCGGCUAGGCAAAUCUCCCAGCAAAGUGAAGCCUCAGGGCCUUCCAGCCAAGCAUUUACCUAUGCAAGAGGCACAGAGUCUAGGGCAGCUAAGACACACAAGCCACGGUAUGGGUGUGCCGGUAUUGCCUUACCCUGACCCAGCGCCUCACAUUGUUGGUCCUAGCUCAUUUGGAAGCCUGGAUACCCGUUGGUAUGAGUUAACUCCCAGGCUCAGUCCCAGACAGCCCCGUAGGAUGGAACCCAGUAUGGUGGUACUCCAGCCUUCCCGUCUCUCACCUCUUACUCAAAGCCCCAUUAGCUCCCAUGAGGGUUCUCCAGAGAUUGUAGUGCGCCCCAGGCCCCGUCCUAGCAUUGUACAGCCUGCCAUUCCCCCUGAGAUGUCUGAAAUAACCCUGCAGCCACCUUCUUCUGUUAGCUUUUCAAAAAGAUCCUCACCUUCUUCUUCCCCUGCUCAAGGCCAGGGAAGCCGAAGGGCAAGUCCUAUUUACCGCUCCCACAUGGCCUUUGGCACCUCAGCAACAAGCUAUCCAUCCCAAUCUCCAUCACCCCCAAUGGAAAGCAGCAGCAUUUUUGGACAGAUGCCAACCCAGAGGAGGAGUGAGGAGGAGAUUCUGCCAUCAGAACCCUCUCCGCCCCAGCUAUCAGCUUCAGGAAAACGUCGAGGUACACCGAGUGGUCCUGCAGGGUCUGAGAGGACAGAAGCACUGAGAUACCAACGUGUCAAAAAAGCCAAGAAGGUUGCAGUUAACAAUAACAACUCCAAGGCCAGAAAGAAAAUGGGUGUGUCGACCUCUCAGACCCAGCAGCCCCACACCUCUCAGGUCCUCCCACCAGAAGAAGCUCUCUACCUCCGCAAGAAGAAGAGGAAGUUAACCAGACAGGACCCGUACGCCCGCUUCUCCGCCCUGCUGUACCGCCGUCUGCCGCAAGAUGACCAGAAAGCCAUUCUGGCCAGUAUGGACACAGUGGACCCAGACCAUGCCACUUUCCUGUGA